AUGGAAGUCGAUGAGAUCGAACAGUUCACCGUGACUGAGCCCAUCAGCCCUGUCACUCCGGCGGAUCCCAUCGAACACUUCACCGAGUCUGCCAGCGCUUCGAACACAGCGGCCUCAUCGACUUCCGACAAGGACAAGGCUGCGAAGGCUCGUCGAAAACACUACGAUGACGAGACAGCCCAAAAGGCGCUGGAAGUCCUGGCUUUCAAAAAGGCCUCCGAGAAGAUGGGCAUCGCAAAUUUCCGGCUGACACACCCCGGAGCCACCGACGAGGAACUGGUGAGGAUCUGGAAGAAUAAGCUCUCCGGUGUAGACGUCGACAGCCAUGGGAGACCGACGAAGGACGCCGACCUCAACUUGGCCGAGAAGUGUUCCGAGGAGGACACCAAAAGGGUCAUCGAGUAUUGCCAGUACAUCGCAGCCGGCAUCGACCACAAGAUCCACGAGAA